GUCCACGCAAUGUGACACAACCACAGCUAUAUAUUAAUAUAUAACGGAGCAACCACGUAGUAACUAAUUAAUGAGUUUUAACUCAACAGUGUCAAAUUAUUUCACGCAAUCAUGAACAAUAAUGGUAAUAACUAUUUACAUAAAGGCUUAAUUAACAACGAUCUGACCCCGUGCAGAUGGAAGGUCGGAUGGAACUGACAACCACUCAAAUCCUUACAAACCUCAAUCGUUAAGGAUGUGCGCAAAUUUCAACUAGAAUUUGUUGUAUCCGAUUAACUGACGGCUCUUGGUUCAGGUUCAAAAGUUGCCUUAAUCUGAGGUUUGUGAUACUGCUGAUUGUUGCCUAUUGCUUUAAAUAAUAAAUGUGAGUGCAUCACAUACGCUAGAAGGGCCUUUGUCUCAUCUCUUCGUGUUUCCCAAUCUCCUUAUUUUGGGGGAAAAUUUUUUUCUGGAAAAUGUUGAGGUAGACGCUAUAGGAAAUGUUCGAAAAAUGGCACAAAAUCCUCAUCGAUUUCCUAGAUCUGGGGAAAUCUGAAUUUUUGGUAUUACUUCAAUACUUCCCCAGAAUAUUAUAACACCUUAAGGAAAUCCGUCUAUAUUUAUUGAUAAAACUCCCAAAACCUCUGGAGAUUCGGGGGAUACCCCAAUAUUUACCCGAAAUUUCCGACAAUUUUGGGGAGACCCAUCUCCUUUUCUGAUCAAACCGCGAUAUUUUUUCGCAUUUUGGGGACAUUCUGCACGAUUCCGGGUUAUCCGCAAUACUGAAUUCGAAGAAACCCCACGAUCACCGAUUGUACAAAAAGCCUAUCAACUUAAUAACACUUACCCAAAAGCCUCUACGCGUCUAUUUAAUUUUUUCAGUUAACUUCUCAAAGUGAACGCAGCCCUAAAGCAAUUAAACCAUACUUGGUAACAAAAACCGGUCUGUCGCGAUAGAUAAACAUCCCCGUAACUAAAUGACUGAUGCAUUGCAAAUGAAAAUGUUUAUUAAAGUUUAAAAAAUGUACAAAUUAUCCUUUGAUAAAUAACUUUCAAUUCUUAACAAUAGCUCAUGUGUUCCGGUUAAGUACAUCAGGUUGAUGUUGAACUUCCAUUCACAAUGUUCUACAGAAAGAAAAAAUUACUCUUGUGUAUUACAAACGCAGUAUCCAAACAGCCAAAUUGCUUAUAGUAGUCAGAUGAAUGCCCUACAUCAUAGCAGUCAUGCGACAUAUGAAUCCAUAAUGCCACGUGAAAGGCUGAUUACGUACCAAUAGUAUAACAAUAAUGUUUGCUGACUUAAAAACUUACAGUUAGGUCUGUGAGCACUUGUGAAGCCAGCUGAUGGUGUUUGUGCUAGGUUUUACGUUGUUUAUAGCUGACGGACUAACAAGCGUUCUGUCGAUUUCAAUGUAUAUUAAAGUGAUGAAAAGCUUUGCCGUUGUUUGUUCGUAGAACUAUCAUUAGGUUAGUACAAAUAGAUGGUGUGCUGCAUUCAAGGGUUGAGUCUACAAUCCAAUUGUCUCGUUUAUUUCUUGUUGAUAACAUGUUCAGUCAAGAUUUGGUGUUUCCAGAGAAUCUGGAUUUCAAGAGAUUUAAAAAUCCUGGAGAAUUUUAAAAAAGUAAUCUUGUUUUCGAACAACAUUCUCACUGAGUAAAUUAUCCCCGGUCUAUUGUGCUUAUUUAGGUAUUUUAAAGGAAUUAUAUAGUUUUUGGCUAAUGAUUUCAUAGGUGUACAAAAAAAUAAGUAUAUUUAUGUGGUAUUAUCACAGUGUAGUAUGCUAUAUUGGUUUACUAAGUAUAACUUAUGCUUGUUUUUCUUCACUUUGAUUUAACCUUCGGAAUUCUUUUUGAAGUUGGUCAGUCAUCAUUGACGUAGUGCCUGACACAAAUUUGUGUCAUCCCAAGUCAUUGUAACUUUAUUUUUAUCUUCAAAUGACACAGAAAUAAGGGUACUUAUUUACCGGUGCAUUUUUGCAUUUCACCGGCGUAUAUACUAUUCUGUAUACCAUUCAAACAAUCAUUCUUGAUAUUUUCCCGCAUUGUCGUCUCAUAUAGUUCAGACUGCUCUCAUUUGUGUUUUGCUGGUUAUGACAGGUAUAUGGGAAUUAUUUAAAACGAUUAGGAUAAGAAUCAAUAAGAAAAAGUGUUAAACGACACAGGUAUCAUUAUUGUUGGCUAUUUUUGCAUAUGUAAGAAAAUGUAGUGUCAAUAUUUGGGUUAUUAGAGGUACAGUGAGUUACGUACUCAAUAAGAUGUCAGUUUUUAAAUCUGAGUGGUUUGGAACAAGUGAUUGGUAGUCAAACGUAACUUGCUUUCAAUGCUACUCUAACAAGCAAAGAAAUAAUUUCACGAGGCUAGUUACGUGUCUAACUUUCCAUGUCUGUUAUCUUUUUUUCUUGAUUCAUAUAAUAAACUUUGUGUAUAAAUUGAACAAAUUUCUAUCCAGUUAGACUACGGACAGUAUUUAUUUGAUACUAGAACUGAGAUGAAAUAUAAGAAGAGAAAAUCAAAACUAUUAUCUUGGGAGGAAAAGCUUGACAGACAAAUUCAGUUUGUGCUUGUCGAUAAUACAGAUGAAAAUUACUUGUCUGCUGAUGAACCAACUGAUGUGACCAUUAUGAAAACAGUUACACCGCUUUUAUCAAAGGAUAUUGGUGGUCUACGCAAGCCAUGUAUGUCAAAAUAUUUCGAGGCUGAGUAAGCAUAGCUUUUAUUACUUGUGUCACUUAGUGGUCGUUAAUGUUUAUGAUUUGUGGAUCUAUUUACUCAAUAAAUAUGACAUAGUUUCGUUAGAAGAGUGUACCGAAAAAUUCACAGGUUUAAGCGAAUUAACUGAACAUCUUAUGAUGUUUGUUCUCGAGAAAAUACAUUUAUCGCACGCAACUGCAAUACUAUUUGGUUUGGCACGGAACAAAUGGAAUGGGUCCACUCCUUGUUUCAGGUACUCUAACGGACAUUGUCAGAAACUAGUUUUUCAUCAGUCUACUUAAAGUUGCUUCCAGUUUUCCUAAUAACAGAAUUAUUUCAUAGGCUAUAUAGAAGAAUGUUUUUAUUGGUCCAACAUAAGUUUUAAAUUUGCUUAGUAUGCUAUUCGGGAACGAUUCACGUGGACGGAAAGUAUCAAACAAAAAAGUAUAAACAAAGUUUCACUGAAAUCUAAUUAUCAAACUACAUCACUCAACCUAGUCACUGUUUUUGUCGUUAUCAAUGGUUUGGUGGUUAAAAAUGUUCAAGUAUAUUUUCAAGUAUUUUAUUUAUAAAUUUGACAGUUCCUAAAAGUGGAGGACAGCCAGGUAGAAUUAAUCCAAGGAAAAGUUUUCUUGGUGUUGGACACUUACGCCGUCUAGUUUAGUUACCAUAUUGUAUUUGUUAAUCGGUCAUAACCAAAUUAAUAAGCAGAUUAACACUAAUAGAUUUGUAUCAUGUAUUUUAUAAACUUGCAAAAUUCACCUUUUUAAUUGGUUUAAGUUUUAUUUAAUUAUGUUGCAUUGUAUUAAACUUGACUUUGGGUACAGAUGUCUAAACGACAGUCAAUUUUUUUCAGAUCUGUGAUAGAUUUAGACCUAUUGUGUGUUUCUGGUGAAGAUCUGCUAUGUCACAGCAGUAUACCUCAACACCGUCAGGCUGUCAAGUAAUAUUCUGUCCUCUGGUUUUGGAUUGGUAUAUGAACACUUUCCAAACAUGGCACAACAAAUUUGUAAUUGAUCUGUUUAUAUUGUUUUAUGGAUUCAAUAUUUCCUAAAUGAAGAUACUUCAUUUCUACAAGAGACAUUCUUCAACUAUUGUGCAAUAACUCAAUAUUCUCUCUGCUGAAUAAAAAGAUACUAGAU